CCACCACCGGCGGCAGCAGCACCAGCUCGCUCCUCCUCCUCCUCCUCCUUGGGCAGCUGGUAGAACAGAGAGAGGAGCGAGAGUGACAGGGACGUGGCCAAUCUUCCUUCCUCUCUCGUCUCCGCCCCGAACGAACUAGAUCGAUAGAACGUCAGCGAUGGAGAACAUGAGAUCUGAAAACUACAACCAAGGUGUUUCAAUGGCGGGCGUCAAGCACGCGCCGGAGAUGGCAAACAACAACCGGAGGGCCCUGCGGGACAUCAAGAACAUCAUCGGGGCACCUCACCAGCACAUGGCUGUGAGCAAGAGGGGUUUGCAAGAUAAACCUGCUGCCGUGGAUCCCAAGAACCAAGCUGGAUUAGCUGGACACCGUCCUGUUACGAGGAAAUUUGCUGCAACACUGGCAAACCAACCUUCGAGUGCUCCUCUGGCACCCAUUGGAAGUGAGAGGCAAAAAAGAAAUGUAGAUGCCGCUUUUCAUGGUCCUGCAGAUAUGGAAUGCACCAAGGUCAUAUCUGAUGAUUUGCCAUUGCCAAUGAUGUCUGAGAUGGACGAAGUGAUGAGUUCUGAACUGAAAGAAAUUGAGAUGGAAGACAUUGAGGAGGCAGCACCUGAUAUUGACAGCUGUGAUGCAAAUAAUUCUCUUGCAGUAGUUGAAUAUGUUGAUGAAAUUUACAGCUUCUACAGGAGGAGCGAGGGGUUGAGCUGUGUCUCUCCUAGUUACAUGUUGAGCCAAACUGACAUAAAUGAGAAGAUGCGUGGCAUUCUCAUCGAUUGGCUGAUAGAGGUGCACUACAAGUUAGAGCUAUUGGAUGAGACCCUUUUCCUUACUGUGAAUAUCAUAGACCGAUUCUUGGCUCGUGAAAAUGUGGUGCGAAAGAAGCUUCAGUUGGUCGGUGUGACUGCCAUGUUGCUCGCCUGCAAGUACGAAGAAGUGAGCGUUCCUGUAGUGGAGGAUCUUAUCCUGAUCUGUGAUCGCGCCUACACAAGAGCAGAUAUUCUUGAAAUGGAGAGGAUGAUUGUGAACACCCUUCAGUUCGAUAUGUCAGUUCCAACUCCAUACUGUUUCAUGAGAAGGUUCCUUAAGGCUGCAGAAUCUGACAAGAAGCUCGAGCUCAUGUCAUUCUUCAUAAUUGAGCUGAGCCUUGUCGAGUAUGAGAUGCUCAAAUUCCGGCCGUCGAUGCUGGCGGCUGCUGCCAUCUACACUGCCCAGUGCACCAUCAAUGGGUUCAAGUCCUGGAACAAAUGCUGUGAGCUGCAUACAAAAUACUCUGAAGAACAGCUGAUGGAGUGCUCUAAGAUGAUGGUUGAACUCCACCAAAAAGCAGGCCAUGGGAAGCUUACUGGGGUUCAUAGGAAGUACAGCACAUUUAGGUAUGGCUGCGCUGCAAAAUUGGAGCCAGCCGUCUUCUUGCUGAAGAGCGUGGCACUGUAAAACUGAUUGGCUAGUUAUACACACUCUGACUACUUCCAUGGAGAGAAAGGGAAUGAGAGGUGUAUAUAUAGAGGCCUGCUUUGAUGAAAUUACAGAGAUGAGAUCUGCAUAUAUGCAACAUCUGUUGCAAGGUUAUUUGAUGGGUCGGGUUGGCGCAAUGUGUGCCUUUACUUUCAAUAACUUUAACAUCAAUGAUACAUUGAUCUGCGUUUGGGUGUUUUAGGUUGAUUCCAAUUGAAUCUGUUGGAACUUGAUUUUAUGUUGUAUCUAAGAGAAUUCUUCAUUUAUUCUGUGGUACCUGCAAUUUGACAAUAAACAUCAAUUGAAUUUCCUGUUCAAUCAU